AUGGCCGGCACACGAAGAUCUACGCGUCAAACGGCAGCGGCAGCACCGGACUACAACCAAGACGACACUUCGUCCGCCGAAGAGACACAGCCCAAGCGCGAUGCCCGGCAGGCGACGCGUCGCAAGCGUGACCGCGAAGACGGCGCCGACCAAGACAAAACAGACAGCAGCGCUCCUCCGCCCAAAAAAGCUGCUACAGCCAAGCCUAAACCCCCUAAGACGGACUCUCUACCCGCGCCUGUUUCAUCCACCAACCGCGACGCAACCGGCGCCCAAGAAGUCUACUGGCUGCUCAAAGCCGAGCCCCUCGCGCGCUACGAGAACGGCGUAAACGUCGCCUUCUCAAUCAGCGACCUGCGCGCCUGCACAGAACCCGAGCCCUGGAGCGGCGUCCGCAACCCCCAGGCACGCAACAAUAUGCAGGCCAUGCGCAAAGGCGACCUGGGCUUCUUCUACCACUCCAACGCCAAGCCUUCGGGUAUCGUAGGUAUACUGCGUGUUGUUGACGAAGCAAAGGUCGAUGAGACGGCCUUUGACCCCAAGGACCCCUACUAUGACAAGAAGAGCGAGAGGGAGAAGCCCAAAUGGUUCUGUGUAGACGUCGAGUUUGUGAGCGAGUUUGAGCAUGUGAUAGAUUUAGCGAAGAUUAAAGAGUUUGCUAAAGAGGGGCCGUUGAAGGAUAUGCAGCUUGUCACGAAUUCGAGACUGAGUGUGAGUAGGGUAAGGAAGGAGGAGUGGGAGUUUAUUUUGGGGUUGGCCACGGACAGCAAGGAAGUUCAGGCAGAGUAG